CCCGGGGCCGCCUUCAGGUGGUGUCGUACCGCUCGGCCCUAACCGACCUGAUGCUUCAGCGCGCCCAGCGCUACGCGGAGGUGACGGGCGGUGCCGCCAACCAGUCUGCUGAUGAGGUGGCUGCUGCGCUGAGCCCCAUGAUUGGACCGCGCGGGAUCACCUUCCUCGCGGACGGAGUGAUCUACCAGCAUGACAGGACGCGAGACGUACGGCAACUUGCCAACGCGCUGUCACGUCAGCACACUGCGUACGAGCACGUGGUGUAUCGUCCGGUGGUUUCCGCGGUAAAUGAGGAGCAGGGGGUGGUGUUCAGCGCCAUCUACUACGUGCUGCGGAACCGUGGGUCGCUGUUCGGGCGGGAUGAGCCGACUAAUCGCAUCAGCAAGGGCUUUUUGGUGGACAAGCUGUCGUUCGACAAGGAAGGCCACUUCGUCUCAUCCCUGGUCACCCGCCAGCUCACCCUGGAGGAGCGCGACGCCCUGCUGCCCGACCCCACCGCCUGGCAACCCGCAGUAGUGGAGGAGAAGGACCUCAUUGCCGUACCGGACGUGGUCGCGGGGCCCGACGACUACAAGUUCAUGAGCGAGCAGAUCUCCAAGUGGGCGGGCGUGUGGAGCAGCGAGGCGCCCCUGGACAAGCUGCCAGAGCUGCUUGCCCCCAACUGCCGAGAACUCGAUGCGUACGGAUUCUCCAACAAACCCAACGGCAUUGUUUGGCAGGGAGUCGACCAGGCGCGGGAGGCGGUUAAGAGGACGCACAACCAGUACGACAACCGCAAUCAACUGGUGUCAUACGCCGUUUCGUUUGAACACAAGCUGGGUUUCCAGCACUGGCGCGCCAACGCAGUGCCCCGACAGGAGCUGCAGCAGCAGCCGGCACAGGGGGCAGCAGCGGCCGGACAGCAGCAGGGGC